AUGGGGUUCUCUAAUAAAUGGGGGUGUGUGAUUCUUUUAGGGCUUGCUAUUGUGUUCCAUUUGAGUGCAUUGGCUCUUGGGGAUGGCAUUGGUGAAACAACUCGGUGGGGUGAUGAUGGUUGCCGGUAUGGUGGUAGGAGAGGUUGUGGUGGUGGUCGACGUGGUGGGAGAGGGUAUGGUAGAGGAGGUGGGUAUGGUGGGGGUGUAGGACAUGGUGGUGGUUUAGGAGGUGGGAGAGGUGGUGGUGGUGGGUUUGGAGCCGGUGGAGGAGCUGGUGGUGGAGUUGGAGGUGGUGGAGGGCUUGGGGGUGGUGGUGGAGCUGGAGGUGGUGGUGGAGCUGGAGGUGGAGGAGGUGUUGGGGGUGGGUCUGGUCAUGGUAGUGGGUUUGGUGCUGGUGGAGGAGUAGGUGGUGGAGCUGGAGGUGUUGGUGCUGGUGGUGGUGGAGGUGGAGGCGGUUUUGGAGCUGGAGGAGGAGUAGGUAGUGGUGCUGGAGGUGUUGGUGCCGGUGGAGGCGGUGGUGGUGGUGGAGGCGGUGGCGGUGUUGGAGGAGGUUCGGGUCAUGGUAGUGGUUUUGGAGCUGGGGGAGGUGUAGGUGGUGGUGUUGGAGGUGGUUCGGGUCAUGGUGGCGGUUUUGGAGCUGGGGGAGGAGUAGGUGGUGGUGCGGGAGGUGUUGGCGCUGGUGGAGGUGGUGGUAGUGGUGGUGGUGGAGGUAUUGGAGGUGGUUCGGGUCAUGGUGGUGGCUUUGGGGCUGGUGGAGGAGCUGGUGGUGGUUUAGGUGGAGGACAUGGUGUUGGUGCUGGUGGUGGUGGUGGAAAGGGGGGAGGAUUCGGGGUCGGAAUAGGGAUCGGAAUAGGUGUGGGAGUGGGUGCCGGUGCCGGCAAAGGUAGUGGAAGUGGGUCGGGUAGUGGUGGUGGUGGAAACUGA